GCAAAAAAAAAUCCCAAUAACACACUUCUGUCGUAAACUUCAGCGAGCUCCGUAGGAAGUCCUCCCUCAUUGAAGAAAGCUGAUGGGAGUGCGGAAGUGAAACACAAAGGACGCGUGAACGGCAUAAACAGAGCGCAUUAUAACAACCGCCCGAGAUUUAGCUACAAUACAGCAUGGCCACCGCGGACACGGUGUACAACACCACGACGACGGCGCAGGAGCCCAAAUCCAGAAAAUGGAUCAUCGUGCCUUCAGAGAACCUUGACAAAGUUAGACUCUUCAUAAAAGUGCUUGAAGUGCUCCUUUCGUUUGUGGCUUUUGUGAUGGAGGAGAUCGUGUCCAACUGUUCACAAUGCGGACCACUCUAUUUUUUUGAAUUUGUCAGUUGCACAGCCUUCCUCUUCACAUUGCUGCUCCUCAUCCUCCUGGCCACGCCGUUGCACCAGAGAGUUGGAAUUAACAGCUGGCCUGCUCUGGAUUUUUUUUAUACGGCAAUCAUGGCAAUCCUGUUCCUCCUUGCCAGCAUCGUGUUUGCAGCAGACAAUGGUCAGACAGAUCUGGAGCGGGGCGCAGUGGCAUUUGGCUUUAUGGCUACGGUGGUCUUCUUUAUUGACUCUGCUUUGAUCAUAAAAAAGCGUGGUUUUCCUUGCCGAAAGGGAAACAAUGAACAAGCAGAGCGCGCGCCCAGACCAGAGAGUGAGAAACUUAAUGCUAAUGGAACUGACUCGGUAAACUGAAGCAUUUUGCCCGCAUAUUCAAAAGCUUUUCCCAGUCGUCCAACAAUUUUUAUACAUGAGAAAUGUUUUUACCCAAAGUGCAAAAAAAAACAAAACAAAAAUUUUUAACAUUUCCACUUCAGUCAGUUACUAACUGGCGAGCUGAACCAGUUUUAUACUGUGCCUGGAUUUAUUUUUGUAAUAUUUUUUUAAUAAGUACUAAUUUUACAAGUAGAAAGCAUUCCUUCGUAGGGAUUCGUCUGUGUGGGGAUCGUUUUAUUUUGCCAUUACUAUUUUCACACGGAUAUCCUUUUGUAAAGCAAACUAAACAUAUUUUGACCGUAUACUUUUGUAUGACUACGCAAAAAAAAGUCAUUCCAUCUUUAUUAAAGUGUAUGUGCUGCACAUUUUCUGUACAAAAACAUGCGCCGUAUUUCUUAAAAACGUGCUAAUCCCUUUUGUUUUUAUGGUUAUAUAUGCAUUCCUGAAAUAAUAUAUGAUUGAUCGUGUUGACAGUAAUUAUUUAUCUCCUGUUUUGGAUAUAUUGGAUAAGAAGUCAUGAUUUUUUUUAAACACUUGCACUGUAUACACAAAUGUCAUUAAAUUACUGUAGAGAUGUUGAGUGAGCUGUCGAAAUGAGUGAGGUGACAGCGCGAUGAAGAUGUUAUGGCCCUGUGAUUAUCAUGUUUUGCUGUGCAAGGGACGUCAGGGGUGUACAGUCGGAGAUAUUUUUUCUUUCUCCUAUUGAAAUGCCUUUUUUGUAUUGAGUGGAACCGGAAAUGUUGUAUAUUUCUUUUGUGCUUUAUCUUGUUCCAUGUGAGCCCAGAUUGUGUUUUUGUGAGCGCGUUGAAUCUAAUGAAAGUUUAGUAACCUGACAUAUAUUUGCCUUUAUCUGGAGGAACGUGCGUUUAGGCCCAAAUGUGUUUGUUUAAAUGCCCGCGGAGAUGAAUGGACUGCAAGUUUCUUGAGACACUAAUCUGCCUUACGCUUCCACCUUCCUGUGCUGUACAACUGACUGCUGCUUUCUGUGUGAAUAGCAUUGUGUUUAUAAAUCCUGAUAUUGUGUUGACGCUUUAGGAUAAGCCACUUUCUCGUUAAUCUUAAAAUGUGGAUCAAUCAUCUGGGAGGAUUAAUUAUUGCUAAGGAUUUUGAUGAUUUUUAAGAUUAAAGGUCUAGCGGGUCUGUUUGAAUACCAGCAGAGUUUCUACAAAAGGUUGCAUGGAACAUUUUGCAGAAAUGCUUUUGUAAACAUCUCUCCAUUCCAGUUAAGCAAUAAAUAAAUGGCUCCUGGGCUCUGAA